UGACGUUGCUGCGCUCGUACCUUACCUGAUGGAUCACGACCACGACUGUCCUGACUGGUAUGCGAAUGAGAGAGCAGAUUGAAAUGGCUCGGGAUAAACCGUAUGUCAGUGAGAAAAUAAAAAGAGGGAGAAGAAACACUUGCAGCAAUCACGUGCGGAUCUUCGGAAUUAACGGUCGAUCAUCGGAAUAACGUUUCGGCGAUCACAUGCUACGCUUGCCUCUUUCAAGAUGGAGAUGGCAAGUGGCACAGUGGCGUGCCAUGAUGGUAAUCAAAGACUGUCUCUCGCAAGUCUUCGCUCUCUUACCCCAGACUAUGAUCAACACGCUGAAGAUCUGAAAAUGGGCUACACGCAUUACUACGCAGUCGAUCAGUGGUCUUCCCCGGAAUGGCAAUCCGCCUGGCCACAACUCAUCCAGGAUGCUAUCAAGAUAAUCGACGCUGCUGACGUGCCAGUUUCCGGUCCUGCGUCGGAUACUCUCGAAGCAGGAAGGGAGGUCCCCAAUCCCCCCGUCGUCGAUGUCAAUGAAGGGCUCUGUAUCAAUGGUAACAACGACGAGUAUUGUGAAGAUUUUGUCUUGAAGGAGAGUGACCCGGAUAAUUUCUGCAAGACCGCGAAGCGCGGGUAUGAUCUUGUUGUUAGUUGUAUAUUGUUGAGGGCGUAUCGUCUGGCGCCGAAUACGUUUCAUCUUCGGUAAGUACGCGCCAACAAAAAGAGGGUCAUCUAACAUAGUUGGCGCAGUUCUGAUGGGAUCUGGAAUGAUGAUGAGGACUGGGUUCCAACACGAGCCCUCUAUCACGACAUCUGGCCCAACGACACCGACGAAAAGCCCGCAGAACUAGACGAGAGAGUUGAGGACGAGAAUAAUCUUGUAUGCCAUUUGUAGUUAAUUUCUAGAAAAGAAAGAAUCACGUCUGCCACGUCUUCUGAACCUUCUUGACUUCUUGCAAGUCUUCCCACUUCAAUCUACUCCACCGAUCAGGUCUCUCCAGGGCAUCCACAAAAUGCUUCAAGGCAAGCACAAACUGUAAUGCCCAUUUCUCUCUACUCACACCUCCAGUUCCCGUAGCCAGCGGUGUAAUCAAUAUCGUAUCAAUCGUGCUCUCAUCCCCAUGAUCGCGAUCAACGUUCCUGUUCCAUCGAUCAACCUCACACAUCAAACUCCACACACACUCGUACACAACCUCCCUAUCCCACCGCGCGUCACCAGGCGUCCUCAUCGUCGGACAAAUCGCCAAAUACUUGCAACCCCAUCGAUUCGUUUCGCGCAGUUCAGACGGCAGGCUAACCAACGUACACG